AUGCUUUUCGCUGCUUCAGCGGUGGCAGCAACGGUAACGGAAGAGUCGGAGCCAGAAUACUCCCUCCAAAAGCGAGGAGGGUUCUACCUGGACGGCUUCAAGAUCUUCAAACGCAAGCGAAAUGCCCACGCGUGCAUGAUGUCCAUCGUCUUCAUCGUCCUCUUCCCACUGGGUGCCAUAUCCCUUCAUCUCCCGCUUCGAGGCGUUCGCGUGGUUCAGUUCAUCCACGCGCCAAUCCAGAUCCUGGGGAUGGCCAUGAUGAUUGGCGCAAUGGGGUUGGGUAUCGACAUUGCGGACAACGAUUUGGACUACUUUGCCAGCGGCACCUCUACCAAAGCACAUGUCGUGAUUGGCCUCCUCGCAUGCUCGGCGCUGAUCCUCUUUCAGCCGGCACUGGGAUUAUUGCAGCAUUGUCAUUUCAAGAAGACAGGCAAGAAGAGCGUGUUCGCCUACAUCCAUCGGUGGCUCGGCCGGAUUGCAAUCUGUCUAGGCUGGAUCAAUUCCGGCCUGGGAUUUCAGCUGGUGCCCAUCUCGCUGGUGGCCACCCACUCCCUGGUUCGAAACUUUGUGAUCAUGGGGGUCUUGGGAGGGAUCUGGUUCUUCCUCAUUGGAUGGGAUGGCUAUCGACACCACUGGGCGAAGAAGGACAAGUUGGGUGCAUACCGUCUCGGGUGGGAAAGGGGGGUGGUGCUUCGAGGACAGCGGGCAGAGGAAGAAGGCAUCAAGGACAACAAGCCAGAGUCGGGCAGUCCUAUGGAUCAGCUCAAUCGCAAAUGA